AUGACCCGCCAGUACUACUGCUGGAAAGUCUGCCUGACCUUCCGCUGCGGCUGCACCGAGUACACCCCGACAGCCCACCGCUGCGGCCCGUCCCGCGAAGGCUGCAAUAGAUGGCUGACGUACAAGCGGACCGACAAGGCCUGCGAGGAGCACCGCCUCCUUGAGGGGUGGGGACUCAACGACAACAACAACAACAGCAGCAGCAGCAACAAUAACUCGGGGGGAAGACAAGUCGAAGGCGGCCGCGGCAGGGGCGAGAGUGGGGAGGCAAAUGAGCCGUGGAUGGAAUCCACCGAUCACAUCACGGUCGGCGAGAAUGAGGACACGAGCGAGGGAGUUUACUAUGAAAAGAAGACAACGUUGGGGAAAAUGGCCAACAUCGACUGGGUUACGAGGAAAGAAUCACCAAACGGGAAACAACUGUGUUAA